AUGCUCCAUAAGGACAUCCAUAUCGUCACUUCAGCCGACUUUAUUCCAUCUCUUCAUCGUCAAUACAAAGCAAUUUCGCUAUGGGAGUUGGAAGCGCAAUUCACAGUGAAACUGGCUGGCCUGACUAAAGCUGCAGCAGACAGGAUGCACACUAAUAUGUCCUCAGAAGAGAAUCCAAGUCUGAUGCUUCAAGGAAUCAAGGUGAUCCAGAGUACACUCGCUUCCACAGAAUCAAUAAAAAAAAUGCUUCGUAUUGGAACACAAGUUACGAAGGAUCAACUAGAUAAUUGGGCAAAUCCAGCUGAAAAUAAUCAAAACAAGAAGGUCAACUUAUUAGAAUGGUUGCAACACGAAUUGACCCUUGUUAUUACAGACAGUUUGUAUGGAGACAAGAAUCCUUUCCGGGAUCCAGAGGUCGAAGCAGGAUUUUGGGCUUUCUCUGACGGUUCAUUGAAACUUCUAUUACCCGAGUUCCUGACGAAGUUCAUCGCUACUGAAGCUGUACAUGGUCGGGCUGCAGUUGUAAAGGGAUUCCAAGACUACUUCUCGAGCGACGGACAAACUGGAGGCUCAGAUCUCAUGAAGAAUAGAUUUGAACUGUUAGUCGACCAUACGGAUAGUCGUCACAGCGACCUGGCGAAAAAUGAAAAUCUGAUCAAUGUCGCAUCCUUAUCCAACACAGUUCCUUCGGCGUUUUGGGUUAUUUAUCAUUUAUUUUCUGAUGCCAAUCUUCUCGAGCAGGUCCGGACCCAAGUAGGAGAACUGACAACAUCAGAAGUUUCGGCCGAAGGAAAGACAAUCCGUACGAUCAACCUACAGAAGCUGAUUCAACUACCAAUCCUCUCCUCGUUGAUUUUGGAAACUCUGAGGUUCCGAUCAACUGGUACUGGACCUCGCCUCGUUAUGGAAGACACCUUUGUCGGUAAAGAUCAACAAUACCUACUCAAGAAAGAUUCCCUGGUAAUCAUCGCAAACAAUAGACUACACUUUGACAAGCGUGCAUGGGGAGAGACGGCAGAUUCCUUUCGUUUUGAUCGAUUCUACGGCAAAACUCCUGCAAACGCAUUCCGUGUCUUUGGAGGAGGAGCGAAUAGGUGUCCAGGUCAGGGAAUUGUGACAAAUAUCAUUGCCGCUUUCGCAGGAAUGUUUGCGAUGAGAUUUGAUAUUAUUCCGGAUGGAAAUGAUUGGACUGACCCGGGCCAAGAUCUCGAAAACAUGUCUACCCAGUCAGGUCCGCCCAAGAAGGAGUUUAUGGUUAAUAUAGUACCCAGGGAGAGUGCGAAGGAUGUGGUAUGGAGCUUCGAAAUGUAG